AUGAAUGAUGAUUCCAGCUUAGGUGUAUCAAGUGAUUCUCAAAAUUUGAAUAAUGUUAUCGUCGAGCCUGAUUGUGCAGCAGAAAGUAAUGAAUUGAACGCAAUUGAUUCUCGACCAGACACUAAUAACAAGGAUAUUGGCUAUUAUAUAUUAAAUAAAUUGCCAAUUGACGAUAAUUUGAAAUAUUCUUUAUUAACAAAUCAUUUUAAACCAAAUGGAAAAUACUCAUUUCCAACUGCAUAUUCAAAUGAUCAAAAAACCUCUCGUCGAUUCCUGAUAAGUUGGUUAAAUGAUAAUUCAUUUCUUGCUUAUUCACCAUAUAUUGAAGGCUGCUAUUGUAUAAAUUGUGUAUUAUUUCGCAACGUACAAGGGCAGAAAUUGGAACUGUUUGUUGAUACACCAUGCUAUAAAUACAAACAUUUGAAGCAUUUUAGUACAUCGUUAAAAAGCCAUAUAAAUUCACAAUUUCAUCAGAACUCAAUGAUUGCCACAGACAAUUUUAUACGUACAUACAAAGAUCCAUCAUUAUCAAUUUCAUCAUUAAUUGAUAAAAAUCGAAUUGAAAAAAUUAAUCGUAACAAAGCAAUAUUAUUAUCAAUAAUUAAAAUAAUAAUUACUUGUGCACGUCAAAACAUUCCCAUUCGUGGCCAUAGCGACGAGAGCAUCAGUGAAAUAAGGAGCAAUGUUGACGAUAUUAACUGUCCUGCUGGAUCAAAUUUUAUUGCAUUAUUAAAACAACGUAUUGAUGCUGGUGAUGAAAUUCUUCGUGAUCAUAUACAAUAUGGACCUAAAAAUGCGUUGUACACUAGUUCGCAAGUUCAAAAUGAAAUUAUUGAUUGUAUACACAAAUAUAUGCUGAACGACAUUUUACAUCGAAUAGAAAAUUGUUUAUUUUCGAUAAUUGUCGACGAAACGACAGAUGCAUCAACCGUCGAACAAGUAAGUUUUUCAAUACGGUAUUAUGAUAAUAAAACAAAUGAUAUAAGAGAAGACUUUUUAGCAUUCAUUGAAGCUGUUUCAUGUACUGGUGAAAGUAUAUCUAAUAUUAUUCUUGAUUAUUUAAGAGCGUAUAAUUUACCAUUUGAUAACUGUAUAGGUCAAGCCUACGAUGGAGCAUCCAACAUGGCAGGUAUCUAUAGAGGCUGCCAAGCGUUAAUAAAACAAAAGUGUCCAGAUGCUGAUUAUUAUCAUUGCUCCAAUCAUUGCCUCAGUCUUGCCCUGAUUGAUAGUUGUGGCAUUGCACAUAUACGUAAUAUGAUGGGAACAAUUAAAGAAGUUAUUAAUUUUUUUUCAGAUUCACCAAAACGAAUGCAAGCUCUUCGAAGCGAAAUCAAUGAUUAUCAAGGAGAAUAUGUUAGUUUAACAAACAGAAAACGAUUAAUUAGUCUAUGUGAUACUCGAUGGGUCGAUAGAAACACAUCAAUCGAAACAUUUUUAGAAUUAUAUAUUCCCAUUAUCAAUACAUUAGAUAAGUUUAGACAUGGAAAAUUGAAAGAUCCAACAGCUGAGCAAUUAUUCCAUGCUAUCAAUAAUUUUCAGCACAUUAUUUCAACUUGUAUUUCAUGUUUCUUGCUAUCUGAUAUUGUUCCAAUCAGUCGGCUACUACAAACUGAAACAUUGGACUUUUCAUCGGCUAAUCAACAUGUUGAAGAAUUAUUACAUAAAUUUGAACAACGAAAGCUUCAAGCACAAGAUUACUUUGAUAAUGUUAUUUAUAGUCAUGCUGGUGAAUUAUGCAAAGAAUUAUUUGUUACACCAAUUAUACCACGUCAUGCAGUAUUAAGUUAUCGAACACAAAAUACGCCGGUGCCCAAUCCAGAAAUAUUUUAUUGUGAUCGUGUAUAUUUGCCAUUCUUAGACGAAUUGAUUAAUAAUAUUAGUGGUCGAUUAUCUAGUUUAAAAUGUGAAAGAAUCAUUUUAUUGAGUAAACUGCGACCUGAAUUAAUUCUACGUGAAAAUUCAUUUGAAUUAUCGAAAUCCUUAUCCAAACAAUUUGCUGAUCGUUUACCAUCACCAUUACAAUUAAAUUCCGAAUUAGAAAGAUGGCAAAAAAAAUGUAACGAUUUGCUUAAAAUGAACGAAGAGCGGAAGAAAAAAUGGAUAAACGAACUUAUUAAAGAAGCAGACCACGUUUUAUUUCCAAAUGUUCGGUUUUUAUUAAUAUUUUUAGCAACAUUACCGGUUUCAACAGCGUCAGCUGAACGAAGUUUUAGUAAAUUGUCAAGCAUCAAAACCUAUCAUCGUUCGACAAUGAAACAAAACAGGCUAAAUGGAUUAGCUAUGGCAUACAUUCAUAAAGAUAUUAAUAUGGAUGCCGAUGAAAUUUUAAAAAUUUAUUGUCAAAAAUAUAAUCGUCGUCUUGAUUUUGGCAUGUAA